UUUAAGCAAAAAAGAGAGAGAAAAAAAAAUGCGAGAGAUUGUUCAUAUUCAAGCUGGCCAAUGUGGUAAUCAAAUUGGUGCAAAGUUUUGGGAGGUAAUAUCAGAUGAGCAUGGAAUUGAUCCAACAGGUGUAUAUAAUGGUGAUUCUGAUUUGCAAUUGGAACGAAUAAAUGUUUAUUACAAUGAAGCUAGCGGCGGAAAAUAUGUUCCUCGCGCUUGUUUGGUUGAUUUGGAACCAGGUACAAUGGAUUCUGUUCGUGCCGGACCAUUUGGGCAACUUUUCCGUCCCGAUAAUUUUGUCUUUGGUCAAAGUGGAGCGGGCAAUUGUUGGGCCAAAGGUCAUUACACGGAAGGUGCUGAGCUUGUGGACAAUGUCCUUGAUGUUGUACGAAAGGAAGCUGAAUCUUGCGAUUGCCUACAAGGUUUCCAAAUGACACACUCUCUUGGUGGUGGAACCGGUUCCGGAAUGGGAACUUUAUUGAUUUCAAAAAUCAGAGAAGAGUAUCCUGAUCGAAUCAUGAACACUUUCUCUGUUGUUCCAUCGCCAAAAGUAUCAGAUACAGUAGUAGAACCAUACAAUGCCACUUUAUCGGUUCAUCAAUUGGUUGAAAAUACCGACGAAACAUUUUGUAUCGAUAAUGAAGCAUUAUACGAUAUUUGUUUUAGAACGUUGAAAUUAACAACGCCAACAUAUGGAGAUUUGAAUCAUUUAGUUUCGAUGACAAUGUCUGGUGUCACAACAUGUCUACGAUUCCCUGGCCAGUUAAAUGCUGAUUUACGAAAAUUAGCUGUGAAUAUGGUACCAUUCCCACGUUUACAUUUUUUUAUGCCUGGUUUUGCACCUUUAACAUCACGUGGUAGUCAACAGUAUCGUUCAUUAACUGUUUCUGAAUUAACACAACAAAUGUUUGAUGCAAAAAAUAUGAUGGCUGCAUGUGAUCCACGACAUGGACGAUAUUUAACAGUAGCUGCUAUCUUUCGUGGUAGAAUGUCAAUGAAGGAAGUAGAUGAACAAAUGUUAAAUGUACAAAAUAAAAAUUCAUCAUAUUUCGUUGAAUGGAUACCAAAUAAUGUGAAAACAGCUGUUUGCGAUAUUCCACCAAGAGGUAUUAGAAUGGCUGCUACAUUCAUUGGUAAUUCGACCGCUAUCCAGGAAUUAUUCAAACGUGUCUCUGAGCAAUUUACAGCAAUGUUUCGACGAAAAGCAUUUCUGCAUUGGUAUACCGGUGAAGGGAUGGAUGAAAUGGAAUUUACGGAAUCAGAAAGUAAUAUGAAUGACUUGAUUUCCGAAUAUCAACAAUAUCAGGAUGCGACAGCAGAUGAGGAAGCUGAAUUUGAUGAAGAAAAUGAACCUGACAUGGAAUAAUAAAUCUAACAUUGCUUUUUCCAUCUUUUUCUCACUCAUUACUUUUUCCAAUAAAUAUGCAAAAAUUUGUUAAUUCUGAAAACUUCUCG